CCCACGGUAUGGCGGGGGGCCGCUCCAUCCCCGGCGAGCUCAGCCUCAUGGAUAAGGGCGUCAAGAGCUUGCUGGAGGUCUCCCUGAGCUCGGACUUGCAGACUCUCAACCUGCACAGUAAUUGCAUCGCCAGAAUCGAAGGGCUUAGCCACCUGCGUUAUUUGCAGCAUUUAGAUCUGUCAUCAAACCAAAUCCACCGGAUAGAGGGGCUCAGUUCCCUGGCUAAUCUGCGAAUACUAAGCUUAUCCUGUAACCUGAUAACAAAAGUGGAGGGGCUGGAAAAACUCUUUAAUUUAACUGUAGUGAAUUUGUCAUAUAAUCGCAUACGUGAUCUCUCUGGAUUUCAGUGCCUUCAUGGAACCAGUUACAGGAUUAGCUGUAUUGACCUGCACAGCAACUGCGUGAACAAUAUUAAUCACUUACUAGAGUGCACAAAGGGGCUGCUCUGUUUGACAAGUCUGACACUGGAAAAAAAUGGAAAAGGCAACCCAGUGUGCCACACAGCAGGUUAUAGAGAAACUGUUCUUCAGACAUUGCCCCAGCUAACAGCUCUAGAUGGGAGAAAUAUUUCCGGUGAACCAGUGGAUCCAGCAGAAGAAAACUACUCAGAUCUGCAAUGUUUAGAAGACAUUAUGGACUGUUUGGUUUCAUCUGGGCGUCCCUCAUCCAAAGAUCAGGUAUCAAGAGUUUUGGCGACACCCCACAUUGACCAGGCACUGGCUCAUUUUCGUCAGCGUAGAAGAACAGCAGUUGAAAGUGGCAGCUCCUCUACAGAGCUUGUCUCUUCUUCAGAGCCAGAGAAGGCUGAGCUUGACAAAAUAUACAGUGAAAUGAGGAUUAAGAAAAUAGAAGAUCAAAUUUCACAGAUACUGCAAAAGGUAUCUGAUGCCUCAAGAAGUGAAGCCCCUCCAAAUGCUCUGAAAGCUAAGAGAGACAUAGAUCCAACUUCUGAGAGUGAAAAUGAGAGUGGGAAAGAGAACAGAAAGAUCACAAAGGGAAGCAAGAUCCCUACAUACCGCAGAACUGCCUUAGCUGCCAAGUGUCCUGCAAAUCGUCUUAAGAACAAAAUAGCUGACAGGGAAGAGAAGUGUUCCUCAAAGAGUCCACGCUCCAGUCAGAGAGACUGUCACCUCAGUUCAUCAUCGGACGCACGAGACUUGGAAGUAGUGGGAAGAAAAGCUGAAAUGCUAACUGGAAGACAGAGCAAUGUAGAAAAAGUAGAAGGAAUUAAUUCACAUGCUCCAGAGGAAUCAACAUACCGAGCAUUGGUUCAAGAACUGGAUCAAGAGAAAGAAAGGAGAUGGAAAGCAGAGCAAGCAGAGAAGAAAUUAAUAGAGCAUGUCAGAGAGCUACAGAAACAGGCAAAAGAAGAAAAGAAUAUCCAGAGCAUGGCUGUAUACACUACAGACAGGUUAAAGCAAUUGAUACUGAAAGAGAGAGAUGCUAAAGCAGGGCUGCAAGCAGAUGUUGAGAAGUUGAAAGGUGAAACAGAAAGACUUACUAAUGAGUUAAAUGAGGCAAGAAAUAAAGAAGCAGCAUAUAAGAAGGUCAUACAAGCUUUAGAAGAAACACUGUCCAAGACUGAGACACAGAGAUUACAUCACCGAACAAUUGAGAUGAAACAGGUGCAAGAAGCAGAGCUGAAAGCAUCAGCAAAUGAAAGAGAAGUACAGUUACUGCGAAUAUCCUUUCGACAGCAGAAGGAGAAGGUAAAACAACUACAUGAACUUCUUAUACUAAGAGAGCAAGAGCAAAGGAAAGAACUUGAAGCCCGAGUUGCUUUAAAUGGACCUGAAUUUCGAGAUGCUUUGUCAAAAGAAGUGGCUAAAGAGCAGCAGAGACAUGAGCAGCGUGUUAAAGAACUUCAGGAGACAAUUAAUACGUUAAACCAGAAGUACAAAGAGUUAGAAGAUGAAUUUCGUUUAGCGUUAACUAUUGAAGGAAAAAGGUUUAAAGAGGUAAAAGAGGGUUUUGAGAAUGCUGCUGCUGAUGUAGCUGAACAUAAACAAGCUCUCUCGGAGUUGGAACGAAAGGAAAAAGAGAUGGCAAGUCUGAUCCAAGACCUGACAAGUCUAGUGAAAGAACAGAAAGCAAAGAUUGCAGAAUUAACAAAAUCAAAUGAAGAAGCUACAGCAAACCUAAAGUGUCGAACUGGAGAACUUGAAACUGUGAUUGAGGAGGACAAACAGAAAGCUGUUCAAGUUGAACUUCUGAAAAAGGAAAAUGGAAAACUUAUUUCUCAGCUGACUGCCCAGGAAUCAGUGAUUGAUGGGUUAAAAAUGGAAAGAAAAAUAUGGGGGCAGGAGCUGGCAGAACAGGGCGCUCACCUUGCUCAAGAUCGGGGAAAACUAGAGGCAAAAAUUGAAGUUCUAACGAAUGAGAUUGAGGUGCUAAAAAAGCAGAAGGAACAGGACAGUGAUACUAUAAAAAUUAAAAAUAAAAUAAUGGAUGACCAGACAGAAACCAUUAGAAGACUAAAAGAAGGCUUGCAAGAGAAAGAUAAACAAAUCAGAAAACAGCGGGAAGAAAAUCUGGAAGCUCGGAAGUGUCUUCAAGUACAGUUGGAUGAAAAGGCUGCUGAAUUGGAAGAGCUGCUAGGAAAAAUAGAAAGGCAAAAUGAAAGAAAAGAGGAAUUAAAGCAGCUGCUGGAAGAAAAAGAAGUAGAACUUGACGAUGUUAAGAAUGCACACAGCGCGCUGAAAAAGAGGUGGCAAGGUAAAGGAGAGCUACUGAGCCAGCUGGAAGUGCAGGUUAAACAAAUGAAGGAGAGCUUUGACAUCAAAGAGAAGAAGCUGAUUGAAGAGAGAAAUAAAAGUCUUCAAACUCAGAGGAUUGCUGUGGAAAAGCUUCAUAAAAUGGACAAUGCUUUUAAAAAACAACUUGAGUCAAUACUGGCAGCUCACCAGGAAGAACUACUGCGGAUGACAAGUGAAAAGGAAAAGGAAAUUGAAGCAGCAAAUGAAAAGGUUUACUGCGUUGAAGAAGAAAUGCGGCAGCUUCUGCAGGAAACAGCGAACAGCAAAAAGGCCAUGGAAAACAAAAUCAGGCGACUUACAGAUGCACUGAAUGAUAUUCAACAAGAUCUCUGAAGAUGAUGAACAUACACACUAAAAAUGUGUCAUAACACCAUCUUAAAUUUGCACAUUGCCAUGCACUUUUCCCUGUUUUCUAAAGAGUUAAGUUCUUUGUGAUGUAUUUUGAUGGU